AAGAGAGAGAGACAUCUCUACGUCUGAUUGGCCUGUCAAAUAUCGCUAUCUCUUUCAUUGCGUUCCUAUAUCUGACUACUUUACGAACAGUCUAUAUAUCCUGUGUCUAUGGUUACAAAGUGAGAACGAGCCAGGAAGCGAGAUAGCAGAAAGUGAUCGCUUUGACAUUCAUUUUCAUAAAACGAAGAAGAUAUAGUCAUGAAUAAGGACGAGCACUAUGAGGUAAUAGACGAAUGCAUGGAAGAGAAGACGCCUGAAGCACCUGAAAAUACAGGAGCAGAGGAUGCUGAAAAGACUUGCCCAAAGUCGGACAGUACCACGCAACAACAAGAUCCUAAAACUAAUUGUGACAGCACAAGUUCUCAUAAUAACGACGACAAACCAGUCCCAAUGGAGGUAGAAUGUGAUCAAGGAUUAAACAAUGAUACUACUGAUUUUACUGCUGAUAUCGGCUUAGAUCAAUUGGAUACACAGAAGGAAGUGACAGAUGAAGAUGUUAUGCAUCAUCUGGAUGUGAUAGAAAAUAUUGAAUUAGAUCCUGAAACCUUUGGUAUAGAUCAGUCUAUGAAGGAAGUUACUCAAUCUUCUGCGACAGAAAAAGAAGAGCAGGAAGAUAUAGAAGAAAUAACAGUGAUUGAUGAUGAACCCUCUGAGCAAAAGUGGUAUGAAAACAAGAUUGCUGAAAAAGGUGGACUUUUGAAAGAGAGAUUGUCGAAAUUAGCUCGAGUGUUAUCAGUUUCUUAUCCUCAUUAUGAGAAAUGGCUGGAAAGAAUAGAAAAGAUAGAGGGAUCCCCUAUAUGUAAGAUAGAUCCGCCUCGACGUUGUUCAUUAAUUAAACCACACACCAAUCGUUGGAAGUUUCUAUGCAGUAAGAAACAUGUACAAAUCCCUAUAAAAGAAGAGAACAAUCCAAGUUCUUCUAUCAAAAAAUGUUUCAAAGUAGAAUGGCGUCUUGAACCAAUGGGGGCAGGAGGUGUUAAUACUGAUAAUUUGGCCGAAUUUCCAGCUUUUGUAUUAAAUGCUGUCAAGAUAUUUGAAGAUUUUCUUCAAACAACUAUAUCAAGUCAAGAUGUAAUAACUUUUAAUGAGAAUCCAGAUGAUACAUCUAUGGAUGAUUCAAAGAAAGAUCCAAUGCAGGAUAAAAAACAAAUAUGGUCGUGGUUAUUAGUACGUUGUAAUACUAAAGAUGAGCUCAUGCUCUUUGCAACUGGAAAGAAUAUUAAUCGUAAUACCAUGGAUCGUUUGAGACAUAUAUAUGAAUCUGGUUUGGGGAAGAAUUGUAAUGUCAAAUCCCUGUACUGCAAAUCAAUAAACAAAUACGAUGAUAAAGUUGUUACAACAUUCUUAGUGGGAGCAGAGGCUCUAGACGAAGUCGUAGGUAAUUUAAAAUUGCAGCUUACGCCAAAGACAAACUUUUGGUCUAACGCUGCUGGUGCGUGGAAUGUAGCUAAAACAGUCGCUGAUAUGCUUAAACCGACGGCAAAAACAACAAUACUUGAAGUCGGUUGUGGAAUUGGUAUAAUUGGACUUACAAUAGCACCUAAAUGUCGAGAAGUGAUAGGAAUUGAUUCACCUUCGGAGAUAGAAGAAGCUAAAAUGACUUGCAAUUUGAAUAAAAUAUAUAAUGUAUCUUUCAUAAUGGGAUCUCCGUUCGAAGUCGUGAACAAGAUAAAUGCUGCGCGUGACUUACACAACAAAAAUCGCGUGACUUAUUGUAUAGUCAACACAAACACCAAUAUGGGUAGAGCCAUUGAAGUAAUGACAUCUUUACGAAAAAUCACGUCUUUACGGCGUAUCGUAAUGGUCACCGCAUUGACAAAACAAUCGGUCCGAGCAAUAUUAGAACUUGCACGGCCUAUAGAAAAUGAUCUUGGUCAUCCGUUCAUGCCAAUUCGUGCAUGUGUCGUUGACACGUUACCUAAUGGGCCUCAUUUCGAUGCAGUUAUUCUAAUGGAGCGUAGAUAUAUGCAUAGACUUACACAGCCGUGGUUCCUUAAAAUGUUGGAGGAGGAAAGUAAAUCGUUAGAUAACACUAGGGAAUUGGAGCGAAUAAUCAAUAACGAUGGAACUGAAAGUUCUGAUGUAUAUAAAGUUCUGAUGAGAAAGAAUCCACUAGCGAAAACCGAACUUGCAAAAAAAUCCAAACUUUUACUCACAAAAAAAGCAACAUUCACGAAAAGCGGUUCAAGUUCACCGGUAAAGGGUAAAAUAAAAUUGAAACGGGAUCAUUCGCCCGAGAUAAUAGAAAUACCUAAAAAAGUGUCGAAGAAAUUCGAAAAACCCGGAUUUAAAUCGUGGCAACAGGAUGUAACUCCUAAGAAAAAGAAUUGGUUCCAUGAAAAUUCGGCACUUCGCAUCAAUCCGUUAUUCGAGAAAAAGAUAAAAGAGAAUAAAGAACAAAUCGAUUUAAGAAAAAAAUUGUCGAGCAACCGUAUUGAUGCAGAUUUAAUACAAAAGGUGAAUGAAAGUCGAGAAAUUCUCGAAGCUGCGAAAGAGAAAUUGAGCGGUCCGUCUCCUACAGUUGAUGCAAUGACCGCUAAAGAAUUAAAAAAUGUCUUGAGUUUGGUUCUCGAUCAAACCAAUAAACUUCAGAAUCAAUUACCACGUUCAGUGUGGGAUCGCAUCGCCCCGGCUGGGACCGAUCAGAUAAAGAAGGAUCUUGAUGACGAUCCACUAUUGAAAGGUCGAUUUGUACAAGAAACGCGUGCUCAGGAUAUCGUUAUCACGGCGGCGAAUAAGGAAUAUUUGGAGACAGGGGAUGUUAAACCAAAAUUUAAAAAAUAUCACAAUUUGGCACCAUUGGAACCGGAUACAGUAAUGCCAGUAUCGGCAAAAUCGUCUGACAACAGAAGUAGGCAACAAAAUCAAGAUAAUUCCUGGAAUAGGAAUAAAAAUUUCGAUAAAAACCGUUGGAACGACGCAGAAUCUGUAAGGAAGCCGAAUUCUCCGAUGAAGAGACAGGAUUUAUCAUUUAGACAUCGAACUUCACCGAAUAGAUUUUCACCAAAACGUCCAUUAUUGUCGCCACCGAGACGCCUGUGCUCACCGCCUAGGAGGCAUCUCCCUCUGGAUAGACCUUACGAAACACACAAUUCUCCUUCGCACCGUGAAUAUUCUCCUCCGAGACGGCUAGCAUCGCCGUUAAGACACAUGGCAUCUUCGUCCGGUGGUAGACUGCAAAUAACUCCACCGAGACGUCCAUUCUCACCACUUAAUCGAGCUAUGUCUCCGCCGAGACGGCCAAUGUCACCGCCAAGACGAUCGAUGACUGGCCGACCAAUGUCACCGAUACGAUGUCAUAUAUCACCGCCGAGACUACAGUUGUCUCCACCGAGACGAGAAAUAUCGCCGAUAGGAAUAUAUGAUUCAUCCGCGAGGCAGAUUUCUCCCAUGAGGAGACAAAUAUCUCCCAUGAGACGACCAAUGUCGCCUAUGGAUCAUCAAAUGUCUACAGACAGAAGACCUGUGUCGCCGGUCGGUAGAAUGAUGUCACCAUCAAGAUCAAGAGACAUGAUUCCUCCACCGAGGCAUCAUUCGCCCGGUAUGAGACGCUUCUCGCCACAUCGAAUGUCGUCUGGUAUGUCAUCGCCUCCGAGGCGACAGCAGUCUCCACCGAGACGUCAAAGCCCGCCACCGAAUAGAUUUGCGGACGAAUGGGACAUACCGAGCCGCGGCGCUAUCGAACAAAGUAGCACUUGGCAACGAUUCGUUAACGAUAGACCUGAGAACGUUUGGCGUAACGAGAGGCAAUCAACAACGAGCGGAAACUGGCAAGCUUUGUCCGAUAAUGAUAGAUACUGCAAAUCGAUAAACCAAGAGAAGUCUUGGGACGCUAGAGAUGCCUCGUUUCACGGGAAUUCGUGGGGCUCUAAGCAAUCGCUCGCGAAACCUGGUGCGAAAGAAACGUGGCAGACUUCGGACAAUAGAUGGUCCGGUCCAUCCAGAUCGGCAGCUGGCGGGGAAAAUUGGGGUCGCGGUAAGGAAUGGAUGAAUAUGGACAAAUCGCGAUCAUCAUGGGAACAAUCUAAUGACUCUUGGAAUCAAGGAGACAAGGACGAUUGGAAUGAUUUGCCGGAAGACGCACGAGAUCCCUGGGGUGACGACGGUAAUCUCGGGUUGAAAGAAAGAUGGAUGAAUCUCGAUAACCAGCCCUCAUCGUCUGCUUGGUCGAGAGAAGCCGACAAAGGAGAUCCAUGGACAAAGUCUAAAGACAGUUGGCAAAACAAAUCGCAAGCUUUUGCGGCAAAACAACCGUGUCAAAACAGCUGCCCGAGCAUGAACGAAUCGCGCUGGAUACCUCUGAACGAUGCGACUAAGAAAGCACCACUAUCGACCAAUUGGCAGGGAAGUAAUAAUGCUCCAGCGUGGCAGUCAUCGAACUAUAAUUUUCCAUCGCAAUCACAACGGCCGUUUAUGACUAAUCCGUUUAAGGAUCGACGUUAAAUAACAUAUUUUGAUGGAAUUAAUAAUGAUUUAUAGAUUUCACUUUUGACUAUAUCAAAAACAUUUUGUUUAUGACACAAAAAACACAUAUUUUCUUUUGGAUCUAUUGUUUAA